AUGACACAAUGCAUUGAACAUCAUAAAGAUCUUAGUCUAUUCUGUACAGUUUUUAAUGAAAUAAAAAUAAAAGAUGACAAUAAUAUUAUUGAUGAUAAAUAUAAAGAGAAGGUUACAAUUGAUAUAGAUAAAUUAAAAGAUAAUAAAAAUAAUAAUAUUAUUGCUAUUGCUAUCAUUGAAGGACGUACAAUUCAAGUUGACCCAGAUGCCAAUGAAAUUUUAGUCUUAACUCCAAUGAUCAACGUUUAUUAUGAAGAUGACCUUCCUAAGAUUUAUCUUUUUUGUCAAUGA